AUGGCCAAAUCAUUACGUGCUAGCAGUCAUCUAAACGCUAAAUCUAUCAAAAGACGUGGAGUUUUCCAAAAAGCAGUAGAUGCACGCGAACAAAGAAUAUCUGAUAAACUAAAGGAAGACUUACUAAAGCAGAAAUUAGAAGAUCUAAAGAAGAAGGAAGAGCAAGGAAUUGACAUGGAUGUCGACGAGAAAAAAUCCAAUGAAGAGGCUCCCAGGAAAAAGAUCAAUACCUCAGGUUGGAGAGACGGUAGACAUCACACCUAUAAAAAGGCUAAGCUGAUAAAGCAAUCUAAGAAAAAAACCUCUUUUACUAGAUUCUAA